GCUUGCGCGCGUCUGUACGAUCACCACUCUAAACCUACCGGCUACGGUGAAGAACACCACUGUGGUGGCAGAUCUGACUUCCACUCUCUCUUCCCGCUCGUAACCAGCCUCACAAUAGUCUUCUCAGAGGACUCUAGAAGAUAAGAGAGAGCUUCUGUCAUCUGCUAUGGCAGCUUCUGUAAAACCUUUCACCGUUGAGAAUCAUACCCAAAAUGGGGACUGGACAGUUGUUUUACCUCGCCGUGGCAGGAAAAAAAAGAAUAUCCCAAAGGUAACAGCAAUGGAAGAACAAGAACGGCCAUGGGUUCCAACAGAUCUUCAAAUUGAUCUUGAUACAAAAUCAAAGCUAAUCAAGAAGAUGCAGAUCUGUAUGAAGAGGAUUGAGGGCUCACAAUUUUAUCUUACUUUCUUGGAUCAAAUGCAGACUCCAGAAGUCCUGAAUUCCUUUCGAAGGGUUUUGGGUUCUGAAUUGAAAUUGAAGAUGGUUAUAUAUGGCAUUGGCAGUAUUGAAUCAUAUGAAGCCCCUAGAUUUCAGCUCAGCCUAGCAAUUUUGAUGAAAAGAAGGUUCAGCUGGAUAGGUGACAUAGAGGUCUUUGAUCCAAUUCUUUCUGCAACAGAAUCUUGUGUCUUGGAGGAGUUUGGUUGUUCUGUCCUGUCAGUAAAUGAGCAAGGUAAGCGACAUGUUCUGAAGCCAACACUUUUUUUUAUGCCACACUGUGAGGCAGUGCUGUACAACAAUCUUUUAAAGGCGAAUUGGACUCCAGAGUCAUUGAACCAUAUGCUGUUAUUUGGGAACAGCUUCGAGACAUAUGAGCAGAAUGUCUCAAUGUUUAAGAACCCAUCUAUUGUUAAUUCAGCUAUGCACAUCUUAGCUGCUCGAAAAUUCGCUGUUGAAUUCAGAAUCAAGACAGUUUCAGAUGAUUAUUUUCCAGCAUUUCAUGAUUCAAGUUGGCAUUUUUUCAGCCCUAACCAUGAGGCAGAACUGCAGAUGAACUGAAUUUCAGGUUAUGGUUGUUUCUUGAUCAACUGAAGCAUAUAUUGUCUGCAUUGGAAAUGAUUCUACAUUGGUCUCAUAACAGCCUGCAGAAUUUGUUCUUUGGUAAAAUCCAAAGGGUAUUUAUUUUCUUAAAUGUGAGGGAAUUUAUGUUCAAAGAGAUCCCUUUUGAUCACAACUGGGGGUGAGCAUCAAUACAGUACUGGACAGGUUCUCUGCUGUACCACUUUUAUUUCAAGGCUGCAGUUUAAAAAAUUAGGUGUUUAAGUGCUGGGAAAGAUUUUGAUAAUUGAUUUCAUUUAAAAAAAAAAAAGAGAGAAGAAGAUAAUAAUUCUUCUUGAAGAAAAUUGAAGGAAAGUUUGUAUCUUUGUAUAUUUUGUGAAGAUUUUACUAAUUCAACUAGGAAUCUUUGGAGAUUUUUUGGCUCAAGUUUUCAUUUGUUGAUUUGAUCACUUAUUCUUGGGAUGAUUUAUUUUUUAUUUGGCCAUAUUCUUGGGAUGAUCUUGUUACAUGAAAUCUUGUCAAGAAAACUAAAGUACUCUU